GAGCCUGGCUGCUAAAUGCUCCAGCCUCAAAGGGACGAUGGUGGAGGGCUGGUAAAGAUGGCGGCGCUCUCCGAGGAUGGGAGGUACGGAUUAAAUUGUGGCCAACAGAGCGCAGAUAGAGUCACCGUAUUACAUGUCAAAUUGACCGAGACAGCGGUGAGAGCGAUAGAGAGCUACCAAAAUUAUAAGAAUGUACCUUCUUUGCGGCCAUCAAUACAAUUCAAGGGACUCCAAGGGCGCAUUAAAAUUCCCAAGACAGAUUCCUCCUCAGACACUUUCCACAAUUUUGAUUUUUACCUGUCUAAUGUGGGCAAGGACAACCCUCAGGGAAGCUUUGAGUGCAUCCAUCAGUAUGUGUCAAGCUCAGGGGCCUCACACCUGGCAUUGUUGGCGACGGUACAGGACAAGGUCACGGUGUGUGCCACUAAUGACUCCUACCAGGUGACCCGGGAACGCAUGACCCAGGCAGCGGAGGAUACACGUGAACGUGGGACCAAAGUUAUCAAGCCUGGGGGCCAGUACAGAGGAAAGAAAGUCCAUAUCCGUAAGCCAGCGAUAUCAAACCCAGAGGUGGUCCCAGAGCGCAAGCGCUCCACACCCAUCAACCCAGCCAACACUAUUCGUAAGUGCCUUUCCAAUAACCCCGUGUCCCAGCGGCCAUUCAGGGACCGUAUCAUCCACCUACUGGCGCUCAGGUCCUACAAGAAGUUGGAAGUGCUCGCCCGUCUGCAGCGGGACGGCAUCAACCAGAAGGACCGAAACUCAUUGGGGACCACCCUGCAACAGGUGGCCAACCUAAACCCCAAAGACAACACAUACUCAUUGAAGGACUUUAUUUAUCGUGAUGUCCAGCGAGACUGGCCUGGCUACUCUGAAGAUGAGAAGACCCAGGUUGAGCGGAUCCUGGCUCGCAAAUUAGGUCUUCCUACUGAGACCCUCCCAUCAAGCAGUUCUCCCAAAGACAGUGUCCCCACAUCCCCCCAGAAGCGCCAGCCAGACUUUGACUUCAUUGAUCCUUUGGCACCCAAGAAAGCCCGCAUCUCCCACCUCAGCAAUCGAGGGCCAGCCGCAUCUUCCUCCUCCUCCUCCUCUGACCGCCGCGAGGACGAGGGCAGCCCCAGCUCUAAGCGCUCGUCCCUACCUUCCAACGUAACCUCUGGCCCUCCCACCCAUCUCCCUAUCUCGUCCCACCCUCCCGCCCCCUCUCACCAGCAGCCCAGCCCGGCCUCCAACUCCAACUCACCCAGCACCCCGGAGGGCUGCGGCACCCAGGACCUGCCUAUGGACCAGAGUUCCUCCUGCAGAGACCCUUCACCCAGCCCCUUCCCCUCUGAUAGAACCCUACAGGACCGCUAUCGGCAUCCCGUCCCAGUCCCCAGACCGGCCGCCUCCCCUAGCCCUCCUCCUCCUCCUCCACCUCUUCCUCCCCCUCCCCCUCCUCCUUCUUGCACCUCACUCACAGUUACCUCCACUGUCAUCACCAGCCCUCCCUUGUCCAGCAGUAACAACAAGAAGUUUAAAAAGAAAUCCAAGAAGCACAAAGACAAGGACCGUGAGAGGGAGAAAGGGAAACGGACGGAAAAAGGUAGCAGAAGCCCUCCCAGUGUAGCAGAGCUGCCUGAAGAGACUCGUAGAGCCAAAAAGAAGCGCAGUGCUGAGGAAGUGGACAGAGGCGUUAUCAACAAGAGUCCUCACAAAGAUCAAGACUCCUCAGAUAAAGAGAAGCCAGUCCAAUCCACUGAAUUCUCCUCCACAAUUGAGAUGCCUGACUAUGUAGUGAAGUACAUACCGUUGGUGUCCAUGGACCAGCGACAAAGCUACAAGGACGACUUCAAUGCAGAGUAUGAUGAGUACAGGCUGCUACACGCCCGUGUGGAGAACAUCACCCGCUGCUUUACCCAGCUGGACAACAAGUGCCGGAAGCUGGAACCUGGCACCAAAGAAUAUCAGAAGGUGCAAGAAGAAGUGUUGAAAGAGUACAAAAAGAUGAAACAACACAGCCCCAACUACCACGUGGAGAAACAGCGCUGCGAGUACCUGCACAACAAGUUGGCCCACAUCAAGAGGCUAAUAGCUGAUUUUGACCAGCGCAGGGCCCAGGCCUGGUGCUGAGAGCACAGCACACAACAUCUUCACUAAUCAGUAUUGAAAAAGGAGUGUCGAACCAGGAGGGAGUGUCCAACUGGCUGUUAUUUAUUAACACCCCUUCAGUUACUGCCUCCACAACAGCCCCCCUUACCAUCCUUCUCUUCCUUCCCUUUUCCCACCAUCCUUUUUCAUUCCUUGCUUAUUUUCUGAUCUUUGAUUCCACUGGCUUCAUUGUUGCCUGCGAUCUUGAAAAUCUCACUUUGACUUUACCCCCCACGUUUUUGCUUUCUUUAUUUUUCUUCUCAAUGAGCUCCUGUGGAAUUUCAUACCACUGGACCAGUGGAAGGGGCUGCCUGCAUGUGUGAAAGGGUUCAGGGGAAAAACUUCAACUCUUCUAACCUUUUUUGAAGGCAAAAAAAGAACAAAAAAAGUAUUUUUGAGCAUCAGAGAAAAUAUUAACUUGUAUUUAAGUAUAAAAAAAACAAAAACAAAGAGGGAGAUCUAUUUAUUUUGGGACUCAUAGUGCAAAGAUGAGUCUGCAGAUGAUAUAUUGUUUAACUUUUGUUGAAAAACAAUGCAAAAAAAAUUACCGCGGGCCUUAUGUGUUUUGACUUUGUGAAGCCAUUUUGCACGCAAGAUCCAUUAUGUCAUCUCAAUUGGCAAAGAUGUCUCUCCUGCCUCAUUUCCUCUCUUUUCAUAAAAACUGUACUGGAUAGCGUUGCUUCAACACAUUGCUGAGUUUGAGGCUGAAGGGGAAGGAAAUGAGACGGGCCGGAGAAAUCGAUUGAGCCGAUUGAGAAGCAACAACAGUAUGUGUGCAUGGAUUGUAAAUUUAGUUGUGAUAGCCACGUCAGGUGUUGAGGGUGGGGUAACUAAAGGUGAAUGAUCCCCUGUCAGUAGGGGGCAGUAUUCCCUGCACCAACAGUGUUUAGUGUUCACGGUGCAUUAUGGGUGCCUUAAGGUGUUUACACUCGGAAACGUUGAGUUGGGCUGACACAAAGGAACUAUAACUGCCUGGAAACAGGUUGUGUAUGUGUGUGUGUUUGUGUGUGUGCAUGUCGGAGCAGUGAAGGAAGGAAAGGAUGUCAAGUCUGGAAAGAGUGUUACAAAUUGUAUGAGUGUGUAUGUCUGUACGGCUGUGCAUUAUGUUGAGUGACAGGUGUCAGAAAAAGAUAGAAAUAUGGAGAAAAAUGUGAGAAACAUAUAAAAACAACAAAAAAAGCUGCUAUAGUGUUUGAUCAGCCAGAGCACCCAGAAUCAACCUGGCUGGAGUAACAGUACCUGAUCUUAAUUAAAGAGAUAUAGAAGAUUAUUUUCCAGACUGGUUCAUCUCUCGACCCUGGAAAGGACUGCGCCCACUUCUUCAGCUUUAUCCGGCGGCAAACAGCCUGUGUUUCUUUUCUUUCUUUUUUUUUUUUUUUUUUUUUUAAAGAAGCAAAAGACAUAUCAUCCACCAGAAGACAGAUCUGAUUUAAAAUGUAUUGUGAUUCUCAGUUGAGUUCUGCAGAGCAGUGAAAGAUUUCAGAGUACCUUUUUUUUUUUUCAACAUUGAUACAGAUUUAGUUCAAUGGAUGGAUGAAUGGCUUCUAUGAAAAGUCUUUAUUUAAACAAGGGAAAAAAUGUUUACAAACCUGUGUUAGAAUGUUUGCCAAAAUUAAAACUUUUCUGGUACUGCAUCCAUGGAGUAAAAUUUCUGAUUGGAGCUUAAUUUACGGAGACAUUAAUACUGAAGUAUGUGUCUCAUUCCAUGAAAACACAGCAUUAUAUCUGAUGUUUGAAGAGCACUGAGUCACUAAGAUCAAUUGAAAGGUGCUGACUCUUCUCAGCAGUCAGGUCUGAUUAUAUGUAUUCAACUGUGGACAUGGCAGAGUCUCUGUCCAGUAGUGGGGGGAAAAAAUGAAGCCCCCUUUUCCCCCUGAAAAGGAGACUUAAGUAAUUAUUGGCCAGUUGUGUUGUGCAUAUAUUUUGGUUGUGGCAUUCUGUCCAACAGUCGGUCUCUGCAGCAGACCGGCUGUUUGUUCGGCUGUCAGAAUCAAGUCAACAUAAUUACAGACCUGGCUUUACUUACUUGUCUCUCAAGUUAUUUUGGACAGAAAAUCAGCACUUGUGUCUUGGACGUGUCACAACAGCAGAUAAAAAAUAAUUUAAAAAAAUAUACAUUUCAAGCUCUACUUGAGAUUUACACUUACUAUGGCUGUGUGUUUUUCCUGUUUUCCCUUGCAACGUCAUUUACCAGAAUUCAGUAAGAAAAGGCCACCAAAAACAGCGCUAUGAUAGAGCCCAGGGUUUUUACAUGCAGCCUUUAUUUGUGUCCUCUUCUCUGCCUUCCAAACAUUUCUGUCUUUAUCAAAAACAGAUUUAUUUAAAGUGGGUCUGAUGAACAUGAAUUAUGUGACUCACAGCAGUUGGAGAGAGACGGGAAGAGGUUUAACCGAGAGUCUUAAUGAGAAAGUGACAAAGUUUAAAAAUGCCCCGGCAGUGGUCAGUUAUGAGGAACCACUGAAAAUCAAGUGAAUUAUACAUGAAACAUGAUCCUGCCCAGCUGAAAAUGUACAAGACAUUUCAAUAAAAAUCAAUUUAGUUUUACCUGGAA